AAGACGCUCGGCGACGCGUUCCCACCGUCGGCAAAGUUUUUUGGAUUGGAAAACUUUGGCAACACGUGCUACUGUAACUCGGUGCUCCAGGCGCUGUACGCGUGCGAUGAGUUUCGAGAACGAUUGAUCGAACAUCACGCGGCGGCGAACGAUGGGACGUCGACGAGCGGACGAGGAAAGGAGACGCCCGACAGCAUGCUGGCGGCGCUCGGGGAUCUGUUUCGAGAGAUUUCGGGACAAACGAAACGCACGGGAUACGUCAGCCCGAGGGCGUUCAUCGAACGGUUGAGGAAGGAUAACGUGUUGUUUCGAGGACACAUGCAUCAGGAUGCGCACGAGUUUUUAAACUUCUUGCUGAAUGAGUGUUGCGAAAAUUUACAGACGAAGUUGAAGCGAGACGGCGCGUGGGAACCGGGGAAGAAGACGUGGAUACACGAUGUGUUCGAGGGGAAACUGGCGAAUCAGACGCGGUGUUUAUGGUGUGAGAACACGACGAAUAGAGAGGAGUGCUUUUUGGACCUGUCGGUUGAUGUCGAGCAGAACACUUCCAUCACGGCGUGCUUGAAUAAUUUCAGCGCCAAGGAGUUGUUGGACAAAAACGACAAGUUUCAGUGCGAUCGAUGCGGUGGGUUACACGAGGCGCAGAAGCGAAUGCUGAUUCAUGAAGCGCCGAAAGUAUUGUCGUUACACUUGAAGCGGUUCAAGUACAUCGAGGCGCUCGGCAGGCACGCGAAACUGAAUCAUCGCGUGGUGUUCCCUUCCGAAUUGAAAAUUCCCAACUUGAUAGACGAAGCGGAGAAUCCCGAUGCGAGUUAUAAGCUUUUCGCCGUCGUCGUUCACAUCGGCUCCGGGCCUAAUCACGGACACUACGUGUGUUUCGCCAAGAAUAAUCAUCGCUGGUUCUUGUACGAUGACGAUUGCGUUGAAGUCGUGGAUGAAGAGCAGCUUCAACAAGUCUUUGGCUCGACGACGGAUGGCGGCUCCGCGGGGAGCGAGCACGGAUACAUUUUGUUCUACGCCCGAUCUGAAGGU